GCUGAGUAGUCAGUGCCUUGGUGUGAGCCCGACGACUCGAAAGUCUGGAAUUCCAACCGACAGAACAGUGCCGGCGUUCGUGCAACGCGGAUCUCGAAGUACGUGAGAGUUUACGAUUGAGAAACUUGGUUUCGACCAAAAGUAAACGAGAGGGAGGAUAGAAUCUAGAUAAAGAUAAAGAUAAAGAGAAAGAGAAGGAAAUAACACUAAGUGGGGAAGUUAAUACUACAGGGAGAGUGCGCGAGUUUCGUCGGUUGUUUACGAGCGCGGGAGUUGAAAAGACAGUCAAGGAGAUUCGUCUUCUUCCUCUUAUUAUUAUUCUAUUCCCUAGUUCUUAUUCUUGGUCUUGUCCUUGUUCGGUAUUGCGCGAUUCCUAUUAUAACAGUUGGUUGUUGAGACAACGCGUGAUUACCGGCCCAGCAUGCACUGUUAAUUUUUUGUUUAAUUAAACAAUUAAAAAAUGAAAUAAAAUACUAGUGGCUUAGUUAUUAUUUAAAUGCAAACGUUAUUGAAAGUGAUUAAUAAUUGUGAUUUUUAUCUGUGACUGUUUAUUUUAUUUAAUUAUUAAAUUUAUAAACACGGACAAUCUGACUAAAAUACCUGGAAGUAGUGAAAGUGUCGAAAAGUAUUUGGAGUUAAGAUUGUAACCAUGUAAUACGUUAAAAUACACAGUUUUAUUAUUUAUUUAUUUUAUUUUAAACAUUUAGUAAUUUAUCUAACGGCUAUUUUUGAAUAGCUGAAAUCCGCGAGCGAUAACGUUAAGUGGUACCGGGUGAGAGUCGAACACGCGGACCCAAGAAUGAUGCCGUCCGUAUCCGCUGGAACCACCGUUCGAUCGAAUGUGGCGUUGUUACUGUGGACAUUAAUGGAUGAAUAUCGUGCGAUCAUAUGAUAAAUGUAGAACGUAAAGUACUUUUUUUUUGUUUCAUUUUUUUUUUGUUUAUUGGUGUAAGGAUUAUUUCGUUGUGAACUGUGAUAUUAAUAAUAUACUUCAUAUAUAAACAAUAUAAGGUGUUUGUGAUAGCGCCGGUCGGCUCGGAUACGAGCCCCUUAAAUAAACAGAACUGUAAAAAGACAAUAUGAGUGAAAUGACGAGAGUGGAGCAACAGCAGCAGCAGUAUGGUGGCAGCUCAAAUUCAGAGCAUCACUGUAAAGACUGUAACCUAACCUUUGAGAGCGAUAAAAGUCUUGAGGUGCAUUUACGUUAUCACCACGAGAAUCUGCUGAGUCAGUGGGCCAUGCAAGCUCAACAGGAGGAGAGUAAUAACAAUAACAGCAAAGCUGGAAACCACAAUAGUCAUGUUAAGCGCGAGAGUAUAACUGCGCCAGCAGAUUCUAGUGAAUCUUCGGCCCGACCUCCGUCGUCUAAUCCUACGUCUGCUCAACAUCAACAACAACAACAGCAGCAGCAACAGCAACAAACUGCUCAGACGGCUACCUCGUCUCAGCAGCAACCACCACCCGGUGUGCAAAGUUAUAAUCACUUUUCGACACCGAUGUUUAGCGAAACGAGUUACUUUAUGCAUAACGAACAACCUUAUAUGAUCCCAGGACACCAUUACUCACCAACCCACGACGAUGCGACAAACAACACCGGCAGCAAUUAUGCCGCAAGGUAUCAUCCGUAUCAACAUCCACAUCAUUAUCCGGGUGAUCGGGCCAACUCGGUGAGUUCGACGAGUCCACGCAGCCCACUGCAGUGUGAAAAGUGCGGGGGAGUAUUUGAGGACACCAACCAACUAGCUGAGCAUGUACGUGCUAAUCAUCCGGCCUCGCCGAGCGCGUAUCCAGGACAACAGCAGUAUCAGCAACUCGGUGGAAGUCCCCAGCAGUCGCAACAACAGCCGUUGCAUACAUCUCCUUCGCAGAAUAAUCAACAGCCGCAACCUUCCUCUCAAACGGGCUUCGACUACGGCAGAGGCGGUGUUAGUAUCAAGACAGAGAUAAAACAAGAAGUUGAAGAGCAGGCUGAGAUUCUGGAUCUUGAUUCGCAUAAAGUUCAAACUCAUCGUUAUGAGGAAGAACUUAUGAGGAUUCACCAGCAUCAAGAAAUGCAGAUACUCCAGCAACAACAACAUCAGCAGCAACAACAGCAGCACCCGAUACAGCAUCCGAGGAAUCCUCCUCACUCGGUAAGCUCCAUGCUCGGCUGGCCUCCUGGUCAACCUCAUGAGUAUCACCCAGGUAUGUCACCACUUGGUCCCAUGGAUAGUGUGUCACCCAUACCAGACCAGAGUACAUUCAUGCGCGGGCAACAUAUGCCAGUGGAACCAUCGCGUCAUGCCGGAUCACCCAUUAUCACAAGCACUCAACCAAUGCCUGGACACCCACUGCCGGGGAGUUUAUUGCAGCAGCCUCAAAAACCACUGGCAGCUAAUCAAUCGUGGAAAAGUAACGAGGCACGUAGACCAAAGACCUACAACUGUACAGCGUGCAACAAGUGGUUCACCAGUUCGGGGCAUUUAAAGCGGCAUUACAACACCACGUUACACAAAAAUGCGGUGAAACAGAGCAAUCAACCAGAUCCAGCGAACAUGCCUAUCAGUGUCCAUCACCAUCCUGGCAGAGAUAGUAAUGGAAAUCCCACAAACAGGGGUAGUGGAGGGGGCGGAGGAUCUUCGAGAUCACCGGAACUGUCAACUUCAGCGAGUCCCCCAAACUUGAUGGCAGGUCCCUCGGGCGAGGCGGCGAGGGGCCUGCUCCACACGCCCACCAACCUAUACACCACCAACCAUUCCAGCAACAGCAGCACCAACAGCAACAGCAGCGACUCUUCGGCAACAGUGUUGCCGGCCCAACAGCCACCCCAGCAGCAACCACAGCACCAGGGAUCCCAGCAACCGACAUCUACAACGGCUCACAUGGGCCCGUCAAUGGGGGGUGCGGGGCUCAGUUCCCCAACCCAGUCCUCAAUUCCAGGGCACCACCACCACCACCACCACCACCACCACCACCAGCAAAUGGGUUCCCCGUCGCCCCAAUUGGGGCAGCACCACCACCUGUCAAUAGGUUCGCCCCCGCAAAUGUCGGUCCACCACUCCAUGAAUUCGCCCAUGUCACCCAUGCAACCACCGCCGCCACCGCACCACCUGAAUUCCCCUUCGUCAAUGGGAUCCCAACACAUGAAUUCCCCGUCCCCCAUGAUGGUGGGAGUCCCGCCAAUGGGUUCACCGCCAAUGGGGGGUACUUCGAUGCCUCAUCAGCCGUACCCAAACGAUUUGCCCCCCCACGUUACAACUACUACCAGCAUCCCGGGUCUGCUGGACUCUAUCAACCAGCAAACUAUUAUUGGUAAUGAAGUAACCAGUCAAUCAAAUCUUCACGAGUCACAAUUGCCCGGAUUCGCUACGAUUAAUCAUCCAAGGCCUCUGCAGAAGCAGACCUUUUUUCAAUUCAACGUAGUUGAUUAUUUAGUUGGCCCAAAUCAACCGCAGGCCAUUAACGUGGGGGGGCUAAGACCAGAGGACGACGUUCCUCAAAACAGGUCAUUCAGCUCAGAAAACGCCAUUUACGAUCCAUACAAUUCACCACCGAGAUAUGAGUCUCUGAUGACUAUUGAUCAUCAUCAACAACAACCAAAUUCUGAUGACAUUUUGAAGCACUAUCAUCACGUCUUGCAUAAUCCUAAUAGUACUGCGUAUCAAGAUCACCAACAACUUGUGGAAGCCAACAACAACAAUCUUCCUCACUACGAGGGUAAAGAAGAGAUAAAUCCAAACGUUGGAAAACAAACUCCAAGUACCAGGGGUAGAAAAAAAAAAGUUGUUGCCCCAGUAUUGGAGACCACUAAGGAACAUCAAGUUACCAGUACUGACUCAAAUUACAUUUCGCAUGAUGGUUUACACAUGUGUAUCAAGUGCAACAAGAAUUUUAAUAAAGCCUGUUACUUGACACAACACAACAAGAGCUUCCACUCUGGCGAAAAGCCUUUUAAAUGUAGUCAGUGCGGCAAGCGGUUUCCCCUUGAGAGUUUACACGCGGAGCACCUGCGAAAGCAUGCUGGAGACAAACCAUACAAGUGCGAGAUUUGCCCGAAGCAGUUCAAUCACAAGACAGACCUCAGGCGGCACAUGUGCCUCCACACCGGCGAAAAACCUUUUGUCUGCAUUAAUUGCGGCAAGGGAUUCAUCAGGAAGGACCACAUGAUGAAACACGUUCAGACCCACAAUAAAAAGAGCAACAACAACAAAAAUAUACAUCUACGAUAGACGUUUACUAUUCAUCAACACAAGUCUGCCAGAGAUCAUCGAUCAUCGUUGUUGUUGUAGGUAUUAUCUAUUUAAUUGGUUUAAUUUUUUUUUAUUUUCAAAUUCAAAUUUUUUACACUGUUAUUUAUUUUAAAUUUAAUUUCGGUCAAUUCUGGAGAAUUAUUGUUACUUACGACCGUGUUGUAGCAACUACUUGUUGUAUCAGUUAUCGUUGAAAAAUCCCUGAUGAUUUUUCAAUGAUAAGUCGUACUCAGUUGCCACGGCCGUAAGCUUUAUUUAUAACAAUUUUUAAUGCUCAAUAUUUAUUUAUCGUCUACUUAAGAGUAUUAUUUUUUACUUUUUGUGGUAUAAAAUGAAAUUAAAAAGCAAAAAAAAAAAUAAAGUUAUAAAUUAGACUUGGCAGAAAAUACUGUAUUCACAAAUUAAUUAAAGAAAAUAUAAUUAAAUAAUUAUAUUUUUGAGUAAUAAAAUCCAGAAAUGAAAUAAAAUAAAUAUAAUUACAGGAUUUGUAUCAGCUCAAUAUGAUUUUAAAAAUAAUGUGAAUCACAGAUAUAAAUGAUUAAAUAAAUAACUAAAUAAAUUAAAUAAAUGAUUGAAUGAAUAAUAUAGAUAUUGAAUUGAUGAUAUUAAACCUUCGAAGCUUAUCGACUGUACAAAAUACUUUAAUUGUAUAGGCAUAUAUUAUUAAUUAAUAAUAUUAUUAUUCAUAUUAUUAUUGUAAUUAUUGAAAUAAUGUGAUCUAUUAGAAACAGAUUAUGAAAUUGAACUCAUAAUACUCGUAUUUUAUAGUGUAUAUGGGGCAAAAAAAGAGAUGUUUUAAAAGAAAUAUUUAAAAUUCUAAAACGGUUGCUUGUUAGCGUAUAGUAAAAAAAAAAAAAAAAAAAAAAAAAAAAACAUUUUGUUACAUAGAUAAAAGUAUUAUAUAUUUACAUUAAAAUAAUUUAUUGUAAAAAAAUUUAUUUUCGUAAUUUUUUUAGCUUCAUUUAUAUCUUUUUUAUUUAUAAACGCAUAUAUAACAUUUUAAAACAGUAUUCAACAUAUACAUUCCACUGUACGGCAAUGAGCAGCUGUUUUGUAUGUUUUCACAUUAUAUACAUUGAACUCUCUUUUUUUGUGACCUAACUUAGCCUAAGUAACAACAUGUGAGUAUCUCGAAGGAAAACAAAUAAAUUAACAAAACAAAAAAAAAAGGUUUUUAAAAAUGAAUCUCAUCACAUUUAUCAGAAUAAUAUAUAUACAUAUGUAUUGAAAUUUAUUUAAUAAAUCCUCGAGAACUCAACAGGGCCAUGUGAAUAAAUUAAUAAAUAAUAAAUAAAACUUGCCGUAGUAAAGUGCACAAU